CCGACUUUCAACUUGCCUGCGAUUUUUGUGAGGAAAGUGCAACGACCCCUAAUUUAUUCAACCGAGUAGUAUCUUCUACUAGUCCAGCAACUCUCCAUCAUCUUCUCCUCGAAUUUAUCUCCUUGUUGCUUUCAUCGCGGUCUCAUCGCCUACAGUCUGAAUUGAACAAGUCACCAUGGCACCUCCACCUGCAGAAUCCGCCGCCUCGCCCAUUGGCAUUGCGAAUCUGCCCAACCAGCGACACAAGAUUGUCGCGAAGAGAGGAGCUGCUUUCACGAUCAUGGUUGCGGGAGAAUCAGGCUUGGGAAAGACCACCUUCAUCAACACUCUCUUCUCAACAACCAUUAAAAACUACCAAGACCACAAGAGACGACAUGCUAAGCAGGUCGACAAGACGGUCGAGAUUGAGAUCACAAAGGCAGAAUUAGAAGAGAAAUUCUUCAAGGUGCGCUUGACCGUAAUUGACACACCUGGAUUCGGCGACUAUGUCAACAACCGAGACUCCUGGAUGCCCAUCAUCGAGUUCCUUGACGAUCAGCACGAAUCAUACAUGCUGCAAGAGCAGCAACCUCGCCGACAAGAUAAGAUUGAUCUCCGUGUCCAUGCCUGUCUUUACUUCAUUCGUCCUACAGGACAUACCUUGAAGCCUCUGGACAUCGAAGUCAUGAAGCGGCUGUGCACCCGUGUCAACUUGAUCCCUGUCAUUGCUAAGGCCGAUACCCUCUCUCCUGCCGACCUCGCGCGCUUCAAGCAGAGGGUCCGAGCCGUUAUUGAAGCGCAAGGCAUCAAGAUUUACCAGCCUCCAGUUGAGGACGAUGAUGAGGCUGCUGCACAGCAUGCGCGUGCUUUAAUGGCCGCUAUGCCAUUUGCAGUGAUUGGUAGCGAGAAGGAUGUCAAAACGACCGAUGGUCGGAUUGUGAAAGGUCGACAGUAUGCCUGGGGUGUCGCUGAGGUUGAGAACGAAGAACACUGUGACUUCAAGAAGCUUCGCUCUAUCUUGAUUCGCACCCACAUGCUUGAUCUGAUCCACACUACCGAAGAGAAUCACUAUGAAGCCUACCGUGCUCAGCAAAUGGAGACGCGGAAGUUCGGCGAGGCCAGACCAAGAAAACUGGACAAUCCCAAGUUCAAGGAAGAAGAGGAAGCUCUCCGGAAGCGAUUCACGGAACAAGUCAAGGUGGAAGAACAGAGAUUCAGGGCUUGGGAACAGAAGCUGAUCGCAGAGAGAGAUCGCCUGAACAAGGACUUGGAAUCAACUCACGCCGCUAUCAAGCAGUUGGAACAAGAACUCGAACAGAUGCAAGGCAGUGCAGUCCGAAGCCAUGGACGUCGCUAAAGUUUUGGUUGAUUGACUUGAAAAGCUCUGGGCGAUGUUUCCCGUUGGGACAAUGGACUCGGGUAGUUCUCUGUGUCUCAUACAGACUGAAAAUUGUCGUGGGAGGUGUACAGGAGCAUCAAGCGGUUUGUGAUUAGCAAGCAGUGGCUACGAAAUACCUUUUUUCUAAUGUCGAAGUUUGGCUCUAUCUUUCAUUUCGAGGGUGGCCACCGAGAGUAGCAAUCCAACAAAUUUUUCUCUCACAAAAGUAA